AGGCAAGUGGAGAAAAGCAGGCCCGGCCCUGGCUGUGACGGCGCGUCGAUGCGGGGCUAGGAGCGCAGCCGCCCCUCGGCUUGCCCUGCCUGGGCGCAGAGCCGCGCUUUCUUCUCAGCCCGGAGCCGUUGGCCUCAGCGUCUGCGAUGAACCCGGUGAAUGCUACAGCCUUGUACAUCUCCGCCAGUCGCCUGGUACUCAGCUACGGCCCCGGGGAAGAUCCGCAGUGCCUGGCCGAGAUCGGCAAGCUGCUGCCCUACUUCCGGCAGUCGCUCUCCUGCUGCGUGUGCGGAAACCUGCUGCAAGAUCCAAUUGCACCCACAAACUCUACAUGUCAACAUUAUGUCUGCAAAACCUGUAAAGGCAAGAAGAUGAUGAUGAAACCAUCAUGUAGUUGGUGCAAAGACUAUGAGCAAUUUGAAGAAAAUAAACAGUUAAGCAUUCUGGUGAACUGUUAUAAAAAACUAUGUGAGUAUAUAACACAGACACCAUUAGGACGAGAUAUUAAGCAAGCUGUGGACAGUUCCCCAGAUCUUUUGACUUUGCUUAAAGAUGGCACCCCACUCAGUGAUGACACAGAAAAAGCACCUGAUGAACCCUUGGCAUUGUGUUUGAUCCAUUCCCCUUCACCUUCAACUUCAGAGUAUGCUGAGCCUCCAACAAGUUGUUCUAUACCUGAAAGCACCUAUGAUUGUGAUGUAAAAGGCUCCACUGUUAAUGGUCUGCCCAGUUGUAAUGGGCUCUCAGUAGAUAAACUUGAAGUAAAUAUUCCAUCUCCUGAACAUGCAAAUACAGUCAAUGUAUGUAAUCCUGGACAAUACAUAAAAACUGAAGAUAUUUCUAGCAGUCUUCAGCCUAUGUGUGACAUAGUUUCCCCUGGUGACUUGUGUGCAACCGGCAUUGAUAUUCAUGGUUUCAGUGAAGACAUCAAACCUGGUGACCCUCUUUUACUCAGUGUUGAGGAAGUGCUACGGAGUUUGGACUCUAAUGCAGGAGUAUGUAGCCCUAAUCUACAGCACAGCUUGGAAACCAAUUUAACAAAUGGUCCAUUUUUGCAGCUUUCUCCCCCACCAACUAGCCACAAUGUGUAUAUAUCAGUGGAUGCUUCACCUCAUGGGAUUUCAUGUACAGCUGCAACACCUAAGGUAGCAAAAUUAAACAGAAAGCGAUCACGAUCAGAAAGUGACAGUGAAAAGCUUCAGCAUAUUCCAAUUUCUAGCAUUCUUUGCGGCCCAACAUUGGGAGCCUCAGCUCCAAUAAUGAUGAAACAAGAAUCAAAGAUGUCUUUGCAGUCAAUAGCAACUGUACCUAAUGGAGGUACUGCUCCUAAAAUAGGUAAAACUGUACUGUUAUCGAAUAAAAGCAUGAAAAAAAAUAUAGACCAUACCACCAAGAAAUCUCAUCCAAAAUCUAAAUCAGGAAUGCUAAAAAAGUCAAAAGAAAAAAAUCCUAGCAGUCAUGUUGUGCCAGGAAGUCCAACAAAAACUGUGUACAAAAAGGCACAAGAGAAAAAGGGGUGUAAAUGUGGCCGAGCUACACAAAAUCCAAGUGUUCUUACAUGUCGUGGCCAGCGCUGCCCUUGCUACUCGAAUCGCAAAGCCUGUUUAGACUGCAUAUGCCGCGGCUGCCAAAAUUCAUAUAUGGCUAAUGGGGAAAAGAAAUUGGAGGCAUUUGCAGUGCCAGAAAAGGCCUUGGAGCAGACUAGGCUUACUUUGGGCAUUAAUGUGACCAGCAUUGCUGUGCGCAAUGCCAGCACAAGUACCAGUGUAAUUAAUAUGACAGGGUCACCAGUAACGACAUUUUUAGCUGCCAGUACAAACGAUGAUAAGAACUUGGAUGAAACUAUGGACAUGAGAUAUGACUGCUGAGUCUUUCUUUCUUUCGCCCCUCCUUUGGUAAGGGGACUGCUACAAUUUGAAGGCAGCUAUGGUUCUCUUUAACUUGCCGGAGCUCCUGCAAAUAGAUCACUUGUAUCAAGUGUUUUCAUUGCUAUGUUGUGUGUUAGUGUCAGGGAAAUAGUUUGCUGGUAAUUGCGGAAUUAUCCCAAAACUGCCUUUAGAUCUUGCAACAUCUCAUAGUUUGAGAUCAAAUGCUAAUGUAAAUGAUUUUUUAAUACAGAACUACUUUUUUGGCAAAUACUGACCUGGUUGUACCAAUUCAUGCUUUGUGCUUAAUCAGAAAUUGAUUUAAUAUACUGAAAUUAUUUCUAGUCAGUCCAUCACAGUUGUGCUAAUUUAUGAUGUAUCCAUGUUCAGUAUCAUCAUUGCAAGAAAAACGACAUGCUAAACAAAUAAAAACUUCAACAGCCAAUCUUGUAAUACCACAUUAUUUGUGGAUAGGGAAGUUAAUAAUUCAGCACCUAAACUUCGUUCAGAAAUAAAAGAUAUUACUAUAAUUGUCCAACUACUGUAUGCUGACCUGAAACCAAGAAAUGAUCAUAUUGGACUUUAGCUUCAGUUGAUAUCACUCAAGACAUUCAAAAGCUUGAUCAUCUUUUAGGGAAAAAAAAGUUGGCAUUCCUGUUUUUUAAUUUCACACUUUUUUUACAGAUUGAUGUCAUUAAUCUGUGUCAUGCUAUGUCAUAAACUAAACAUUUAUCAUCGGAAUAUUUUUGCUGAGUUCAUUAUGAAAUAGAUACUGUAUUUUUUUAACUGUUAUGCUAGUUGGCUAAAAAUAAAAAUGGUUUAAGUCUUAUGCCAAAGUUACUGAGACAUCAUUAUAUUUUAGAUUUUAAAAUCUGACAAUUAUCAGCACAUUCUUGCAGUUUAAGGCAUAUAACACUGUCAAAACAUAAUUUUCACUUGAAAUUAACAUAUCUCUUCCAAGAUUAAGCCCUUGGUUUUCCCCAGUUUUGUUUUUGCCUGGUUGGAACCAGGAUACACGAGGUGAAGUGUGGCAGGCUCCUGGAUUAAAUCCUAUUGUGCAAGAAUAGAAUAUGUCAAGAAUGGAGGUUCUCUUAGUUGAUAACCUUAAAGAGCUGAUAGAAACCCUGCUGAUUAUGCGGGAUUUUGAAAUUAAUUCACAAUUACACCAUUGGAAAAGUCAAGCCACAUUGAAAGUAUGUUAAUUCAUAUCAAUUUUACUUAUACCAGGAUUGGUGUUUAAUAUUUAAUUUUUUAUUUUGCAUAAAGUAUGGGCUGACUAGAAUAGAAAAUAUUGGGUUGUGUCCAAUUAAACCUCUUCCUUACAACCCUUUAGGAAGGAGGGUAAGAUUGUUGGACAGGAAAUGUCCUAUUUCACAAGUCAAAAGUUUCUUUUGCAACACUGGAUUUUGCCCUUUUUGUUAUCUUGCUUUAUAAAGGACUAUGUGCUGAUUUACAGCAAUAUCUCAGCAGCUGUUGUAAAAAUACAUUAUACCCUAGAUUCUUAAACACCUUUAUGUUUGCCAUCUAACUGUUAACUGGUUAACAUUGCUAAUGAACUGUAACAUUAUAUAUGUUGGAUUUGGCACAAAGCAUGUACAAUGAUGGUUACUAGGUCUAAAAAUAAGACAAACAUUUUGGAUACUGGUUGGGUGAUGUCUCUUUUUUCUUCUAUAGUGUACCAGGUGUCAUUUUAUGUCAAUGUGAGCAGAUAAUUAUUUUGUUGACUUUCAGAUUUGUUUUCCCCCGUCUUUUCUGUGGGUGGGGCAGGGUGUGGGAGGGAGGGUUAAAGCCAUAGGAAGAAGAAUGUGAUGUAAGUGUUCAGUAUGUUUUUUUUUGUUUCUGUUUUGCAAGAAGAGUUGAAAAAUAUUUUUGAUAAUGAGAGUAAAUGGUGGAAAAUGCU